AUGAAGCUUUCUGUGAAGGCAGCUUUGGUCUUUGUAGUCGACGAAGUGACCACAAAUGUCGAUUUCAACACGUCUGCAGCAGCACCCCAGUUCGAAUGUCGUCGUCGUGAGGAUGGGUAUGCUGCAACCGAGGGCGUUUUCGCCAAGGGAGAUCUCACUCCAACUCCACAAGCAUCUUCCUACUUGGAAAAUGCAGGCGAUAUCGCUGUUAGGGGUGAGUUCAAUCAUUUUCCCAUCAUGCUGUGGCGUGGUAGAAAAUGUCAGGAGCUUACAAUAUGA